CGACGUUAGUCAUAUUAUGAGUAAUCAGAACUUAAUCUGAAUGUGAUUAUCAAUGCUUGACAGAUAAAUUAUCAUAGCUUCAUUUGCACUUGCAGAUAAGACAGAAAAGUUUCAUUUAAAUUUCCAGUUGAUGCUGAGUUUUCAUCCAUUUCAGCUUCGAAGCUCAAAAUGUCUCGAAAUUUUGAAAUUGCCACAAUCAAGCCUAAUCAUGAGAUGGCAGAACAUCAUUAUGGGAAAAGUGGAGUUAAAGUUCUUCAUGUAGUCAGAAAUGGUUUGGUGUACAGUGUAAAGGAAUUCGAAGUGACGACGUUCUUAACAUUGUCAAGUCAGAAAGAUUACUUAAAAGGUGACAAUUCGGACAUCAUUGCUACUGAUUCCCAGAAAAAUACGGUUUAUAUUCUCGCCAAGAAAUAUGGAGUUAAAUCACCAGAAGAUUUUGCAAUUCUUCUAUCCAAGCACUUCUUGUCAACAUACAAUCAUGUAACAAAAGUUGCAGUUGGAGUGGAAGAAUUAACAUGGAAUAGAAUCACAUAUGACGAUCGUGGCGAUUCUCAAAAACAACAUAAUCAUGCAUUUAUUCAUGUCCCAUCGUGUAAAAGGUUUACCAAUGUGACAUUGCAACGUGGAGAGAAAAGUGCGACAGUUGUCAGCGGCAUGAAAGACAUGCGAUUGCUGAAAACCACUCAAAGUUCGUUUGUUAACUUUGUUGAUGAUGCUUAUCGAACUCUUCCAGAUGCAAGUGACAGAAUCUUCAGCACUGUUGUUAAUUGUUCUUGGGAAUAUUCAAAAGAUUGUCAAGUUGACUAUGACAAAGGAUGGGAUUUAGUCAAAAAUUGCAUCCUUUACAACUUUGCUGGUGAUUUGGGUCGUGGCGUUCCUUCGCCAAGUGUUCAACACACUUUGUAUCUUGCUGAAAAGGAAGUUCUUGAAAAAGUUGGAGAUAUAAAAUCAAUUGAAAUGACUUUACCAAAUAAGCAUUACGUAAAUUUUGAUUUUGGAAAGUUUAAAGAUCUUGUAAAGAUAUCUGGUGAAGAAACAGUUUUUCUACCUUUGGAUAAACCAUCUGGCAUUAUAUAUUUGAAAUUAAGUAGAAAAGUUAAUAAGUUAUAACGGGUAAUGAUGGAAGAUCUUUCAUUCGUAAAGCUUUUUUGUAUCUACACAGUAUUUAGAUGAAUGAAAUCAUUGAAAGGGUCAUAAGCUGGUUUUAUAUUUGUCACGAUGUUAUUUGUGAUGUCAUCUGCAAAGUCAAAUAAUCAAUAAAUUAAAUUCAAAGCAAUUAGAA